UGAAGUCGGGUAGGUUAAACAGUCUCCAGCAGAUGCAUACGACGAUGAUAAGCUCCGCUGAUCUCCGCAAGAAGAAGAAGCGACGGCCGAAGCUCGCACCGCGAUACGCGCUCAAAGAAGACAAGAAAGAUGACAAAGCAGAGAAUCGUGUACUAAAUUUACAGCAGGCUGAGCUCGUUCGUGAGGUUUUCACGUCUGCGACGUGCCGUUGCUUCGUGCUCAAGUCGUUCAGCGAGAUUAAUUUCCACAAAAGCCUCAAAUUCGGCAUCUGGAGCACCACUACACUGCACAAUGCGCUGCUGGAUCAAGUAUUUAAAAGUGACUUGACUGCAGUGAGGCCAGUUUUAUUCUUCUUCAGUGUAUGUGGCACCAAACACUUUAAUGGAGUGGCCCGUAUGACAUCGGGAGUGCGGACGGAUGUGCAAUUCCAGCUAUGGGAGAAACUCAAGUACGAGGGAUUCUUCCAUGUCGAGUGGCUGCUGGUCAAAGAUGUGCCCAAUUACGUCUUCACUAGUGUUAAAAUGAGCAACACGCCUACAAAGAAGUCCAUUACGUCGUGUCGAGACUGUGAAGAGGUGCUGUUUGAAGAGGUGAGCUGGAUUUUUGGGUACAUUGACGCGAGUUGAGCUGGUAAUUGAGUCGUGUUCCUGCUUAGGCCAAUGAAUUUCUGUCCAUUUUCACCGAGUUCGAUAGCCGCUCAAGCGCUUGGGACGAUUUUGAACACUACGACCAACUUCAAGAGCAGAUCGAGCGCAAACGCGGAUUAACCUUGUCCAAAGAUGCUGAUAAGACAGAUCUAGAGACGUUCAUUGUACCUCUGCAACAGGAAGAAGCAGCAAUCCGAGCGCCAUUGUAGAUAUCAAGCGAUACCAGUUUUGCUCACUUGUUCUUGCUCUUAAAAAUGUCAGAUAGGUCUUUUGCUCGUGUUUUUCCGUUCAUCCAUGUCCAUGACAGGCAUGCGUAUCCUGUCUACGUCCUCCUUCAGCUUACACACUUGAGUCAUGAGAAGAUCCUGUCGACGAGUGGCUUCUUCGAGCAG